AUGGCUGACGAGUCUUCCGCUGCUGCUGCUGCUGCACCUACCGCAAAGCCUCAGGCCGAGGAGGUUGACUACACACUGAACAACCCCGAUGUUCUCACAAAAUACAAAGAUGCGGCAGUAAUCGCCCACAAGGUCCUCGAGGCUGUUUCAAAAUUGGCUGUCGAUGGUGCAACCAUUUUGAGCCUUUGCCAGGCUGGUGACAAGAUGUUGGAUGAGGAAACCGCAAAAGUGCACAAGGGCAAGAAGAUCAGCAAGGGAAUUGCCUUCCCUACCACCGUUUCUCCCAAUGAUAUCCUCACCCCCUACACGCCCCUCUCCACCGAUGCCGGUGAGGCUGGAAUUACAGUCUCAAACGGCGACGUUCUCAAGAUCCAACUCGGUGCCCAAAUUGAUGGAUUCCCCGCAAUAGUCUCAGACACCAUCGUCGUUGGCGAAGAGAGUAAUGAGAGCAAUGACCUGAUCCUUGCGACCCACUACUGCAAUGAAGCCCUUCUCCGUCUAAUGAUCCCCGCCGAUAUCCACCCCUCAAACACCCCCGAGAAGCCGUACAAGGUACCUUCAUCUUACGAAAUCACCGAGAAGCUGAAGAAGAUUGCCGCCGCAUAUGGCUGCACUCUUGUCGAGUCCACCACCUCAUUCGUCUUUGCCCGCAACGAGAUCGAAGGCAAGAAGCGCCUUGUUAUCCUCCCGGGUGAGGGUAUCCCCAAGAGUGAGGGAACCCCGAGGAAGACCGACACAAAGUUCAGUCUUAAGAGAGACUCUAGCAGGGCUACACUUAACGAGGUUAUUAAGAAGUUUGGAACAUUCCCAUUCGGUCUCAGACAGCUGGAUGAUGAGAGGACAGCAAAGGCUGGUAUCUUGGAGUGCGUUAGAAGCAAUCUGUUUAGACAGUUUGAGGUUUUGGGAGACAAGGACGGUGCGGCCACUUCUAGGCUCUUCACCACCAUUGCCAUCACCAAGAACGGUAUCACAAAGCUCGCCGCUCCCCCGGCUCCUGAUUUCGAGAAGAUUACUUCGGACAAGAAGAUUGAGGACGAGUCCAUUCUUGAGCUGCUCGCCCUCCCGCUAAGGGCAGAGAGCAAGGCAUCCAAGAAGAAGAAGAAGAAGACCGCCAAGAAGGAAGAUGCCGAAUAA